AUGAAUGUCGAUCCACCAUUUGGCCCCGUUGUCAAUGGCACCCAGAUCGUAGUCUUCUACUAUUAUAGGCCGAACCAGCCAGCGGCCUAUACCUUUGUCGCUUUGUUCGGCCUUGCGACGUUGGGCCAUCUCAUCUACCUAAUCCGCUUACGUUCCUGGUUCUUCAUUCCCUUCAUUCUCGGUGGGAUUGCCGAAACCUUUGGCUACUUUGGCCGCGCCCAGUCGUCGAACAACCCUAUCAAAGCCGGACCUUGGAUCCUCCAAAACUUCCUCCUCCUCUCCUCUCCGCCAUUACUUGCCGCCACGAUAUACAUGGCUCUCGGCCGCAUCAUCAGGGCCCUCGACGCAUCCGACCAUUCCAUGAUCUCACCACGUUGGCUCACGAAGCUCUACAUCCUCGUCGAUAUCGGCUGCCUCGGCCUCAUCGUGCAACUUGUCGCCUUGUCGAUUUUCGUCCUCCUGGCUUGGCAGGUGCAUCGGCGCACGAAGCGGAGCCCGACUAGCGUCAUGGUGAAGGAUCCGUCUAUGAACUGGGAGAACCACUUUCGGUGUGUGCAGCUAAUCACGGUGGCUAUUAUUGUGAGAAGUAUAGUGCGGAUGGUGGAGUAUAUCCAGGGUGACGGCGGCUUCGUCAUGUCACACGAAGUAUUCAUCUACCUCUUUGAUGCAGCGCUCAUGUUCUCCGUCAUGCUCACGUAUCUGAUUCUGCAUCCUGGGAGAUUAGUGAGGGAUGCAAGGCGACUCAGGAAAUCUCACUGGGGACUUGAUGGGACUCCUCUAGUUAAGGUCUAG